AUGGUUAAAGCCAAGAAUCAAUCUAGUUCUAAAAGCAGUUCCAAACAAGCAAAAAGCGGUCGAGGUGCGGAAAAAGCUGCUAAAGUUGCUACAAGCGGAAAGAAAACCUCUGCAAAUAGCUCUGAAGAGUCUACAAAGAACAAAAAUAGGGGGACAGAAGCGAAUGCAUCUUCUGAAUUAGGAGAAAGUUUAGUGAACUUCACAGGUGUAAUCGAUGCGGACCUAUCCUUUAUUAUGAAAAAACUUGCUAAACGUGAUACUACAACAAAAUUGAAGGCAUUGGAAGAGCUAGAAGGGUAUUUACAUGCAAAGGAAGCGGAAGGAAACAAUGUUACAGGAUUAGAAGAUGCUGUUGAAGUUUGGGCGAAUUUCUAUGUACGGCUGGCGAUUGAUUCUGAUCAUCGCGUACGAUUGGCGACAAAUACUUGUCAUUUGUUAAUCGUGUCAAAAUUGAAAAAACGAUUGGCACCAAAUUUAAAAGAAAUUAUUGGAGUAUGGGUCACAUCGUUUUUCGAUCAGAAUAAAGAUGUUGCUAGAGUUGCGAUGGAAUCUUUUCAGGCCGCUUUUUCUGUUGAGAAACGAAAUGAAGUAUUGUUGUUUGGUCAAGCGGAAAUCUUGAAUUACGUUUCUGAAGUAAUUUUUCAGAAAACACCCGAAACAUUAAAUGGCUCAAAAUACAUAUCACAAGAAGAAAUGGAACAAAAGUAUGCGCGGGUCGUAUCAAGUUCAUAUUAUGCUAUUGCAUACUUAAUAGAGCAAUUAGGAGAAAUUGAGCUGUCUAAAGCAAUAGAGUUAUAUGAUAAUCUAUUUGACAAUCCAAAAUUCUGGGAAAAUCUGUCUAAUCAGAAUCCGUUGAUACGUAAAUCGUGUUACAAUCUAAUAAAGACUCUGAGCACAAAAUGGCCAAAGAAAAUUGAGGAACGACUUGAAUCAUUAAGUUAUGUUUAUCUAAGUAAUAUAUUCAAUGAUAAAGACGCAAGGAUUCAUGGAGAUUUGUGGGAUUCAUUGUUAAUGUUUACUAGGAGUUUUCCACAGUCAUGGGUAAUUGCCAGCAAAGAGAAACCAAUGCUUCCCGAAUUAUAUCAUUUUCUUGAAUUCGGAGCUUUUGGGUCGGUCAAUGUCUCAUAUCCAAGUUUAUUACCUCUAAUUAGUCAAUUGCCACCUGAGCUUUUAUCCACCGAUCGGGAAUUCUAUUCAAAAUUUUUUACAAAUUUCUGGAAAGGCUUAACGAGCGGCACUAUAGAUCGCUCGAAUUCAGCUUCGUUUUUCAAAGCCAAGUCCGAAAACGAGAGAGACAUACAGACAUAUCUAAUUGACAAAGAAUUCUUUCGACUUGUCGAAUUAUAUCUUGUUGGAUUUCAGGGAGCUGAAAAUAAAUUUCAAGCAAGAAACAUGUGUAACGCACUUUCUACUCAUAUCAUUUCCCUCUUGACAAAAUCAAAAGACGCGUCAGACUUGCUAUUGGAGAGAACGAGAAAUUUGGUGAUCCAAACUAUUAAUAAUGAUGCUCUACCUGAAAUAUCGUCCAAUCGAAACGCGGAGGCUGAUUAUAAAGAAUUUAGUCAACGAUUGAUUGAUCUUCUUGGUUCGUUAUCAGCAAGCACGAAAAUUGAGACACGGGAGGACAGGGAGACGAUUAACAGGCUGAUCACAAAUAUCUUCCUAACAGCUUUGGCUAAAUGCGAGCAGUCUUGGAGUCAGUCUGAGGGGUUGUAUUUCUUAUUAGCUACUCUAACGAGAGAUUUUAUUGAUAUAAUUUUCUCGGACAUCGCCACACUAAAGGCUUUAGAAAAUUUUCUUGAUGGAAAAUUUCACGAAAAUAUUAUACUAGUUCCCCUUCCAUCCGCUAAUUACCUCAUUGACAUAUUCUGGACAUUUUUAACUCAUAAAAAAGAUUCCCAUGAAAUUCAACAUUAUUGGAACGCUUUAAUAUCGACAGUCUUGAAAACUGAGGAUAUGGAUAGCAAAUUGAAGAUUCUCUCAUGUUCGAUAUCUAAUCGCUCAUUUGGCAAUGACCCUCGUCAGCUAUUCAAUGAGGAACUUGACGUGUUUCUCUUAUCCUUGACUAAUACAUUAAAUGAGCAACUUGAAGAAGACAUAAGAGAACAAAUAGAAAAUUUGUUAUAUGUGGCUCUGGUAUCAACUGGCUAUAUAUUAAAACCAGAAUCACGGAUGAAUAUUUUGAAUAAACUUGCAGAUAUAAUCUCAAAAUUCAUACAACACUAUUUUGCCUCGGAAAACAUUUUUAACAUACGCAAGGAAUCAAUUCUCUCUAGUCUGCGGAUAUUUGACAAGUUAUCAGCGAAUAGCGAGUUUCUCGGAUUUUUACUCAAUUCUAACCUGACAUCAGUAAUAGGAAACAUAUACGAACUUAUCUUCUUGAAAACUAAUGGAGGUUUGGGUGAAGAUACUAUAAAUACUCUCAUAGAGGCGUCAAAAAGGAUAUGGCAAGAAAUUGUACAAAAUCGGGAAGUAAUUGGGCGAAAGGAUUCUUUAGCAGGAAUCAUCGUUCAAAAGAUAAAAUCAACAUUAUUUGAUAUUCAUUAUUCGGUAAGUCCUACCGACUUUGCUCAACGAGUUAUAAAGAUUAUUCAGGAUCUAUACGAAAAUGACCGUGCAAAAAUACAAGAGAUAUUAGCCCAAUUUCUAUUAGAUGAUAAGCAAUGGCGGGAAUUCAGUGAGCCCUUCUUGUCAUUGAUGUUGGAAUCUUCACUUUUUAGCGAACCUCAAUCGAUAACCACCACGCCUGAGGCAUCACAAGCCGGAUUAAGUCAUAGUUUCACGUACGAUUCUUAUGGCUUAAGCAUUUAUGCGCGUCAAGGAUUGUUCCUGGUAGAACUUAUUAAUAAAUAUGGGAUAGAGAUAUUCCAUAAAAAAAACUGCGAAGACGACGAAGAAGAUGAAUUAACCAUAAAAAUUAAUAUAUUAUUGCUUGAACUACUUUCAUUUUAUAUAUUAUGCGCUAAUGUAAUAAGUGCUCAUAAUACCGGACGACACAUAUGGGAUGCGACUAGUGGGGAAGAAAGAAAAUUCCAGAUUUUUAAAACAUUGCAAGUGGACAUUCUUUCCGCCUUGAAAAGAUAUCUAUCUACUAGUUUAUCAGAAACCCCAUUCAAUUUCAAAGAAUGUUUAUCGCGUCUCGGUCAUACUACUGAUUUUCUCGAGGAAGAUGAUGAAAUAAUCGAUCUGCAAAGUUUAUUAAUUGAAACUAUCAAAAGAGCUCAUGGCGAUCAUUCAAGACAUUGGUCUAGAGUCUUAGAGUUGUUGAUUAGUAAUGUUUUUUCAAUCGCAAAUUUGUCAACGCCAAUGGCUGAAAAAUUUUUGGAAUUUGUUAAGACAUCUAGCUUAAAUUUAGAAAUAAAUUUAGCUUUAAUUUCUUCACUUCGGCCGUAUCUUGAAUUAUCGGCAAAAUAUAAAGCUUUCCAAAACAAUCUAGCCGGAAAAUUGUGUAAUUUAGAUGCAAAAGAUAUCUUCAUAAAAGAUAAUUCAUUAAAAAAUAAUGGAUGGACGUAUAUGUCUUUAUUGGUGACUACUGCAUCAAAAGAUGAUCAAUUUUUUUUACAGCAAGCACGAGCCAGAAAUUUGCUGCAACGUAUUCAAACUUGGUAUGCAGAAUUAAAAGAUGUUCCGGAGCCAGCCUCAUAUACCGAACUUGUCCAUGUUCAUACGCAGGUCGCUCGCCUGCUUAAUUUACUUGUACCUAUUACCCAAGAUCUUUAUGCCAGCCAUUGGAACUUUAUAUUGCAGCGUAUUCAAACUUGGCUGCAGCUUGAAAGCAGUCUUGCUCUACGAUAUGAGGCUAUUCAAUUAUACAAUCGUUUGGAAAAUCUUAGUGCGUCGUCAGUUCCUUCUGACGAGCUAGAGAAUGAGCUUUCGCUCAAGCUGGAAGAGUAUCAACCACAAAUUUAUGAACUUUUAGCCAAUUUCUUUUUCGAGGUUUCUACACAUAAAAAUGAAAUUCUUUCGGAUAGCUAUUCCACAUACUUGGAUGCAUUAUCUAUUACCUGCCAAUCACUUUCUUUGUCCUUGUUAACGCCUAAAGCAUCGCAGCUCUAUGAGAUACUAUUAGUGCCACAUGUAGGGAUUCAAACAUGUACAUAUUCAUUGCUUCGAAAGAUGACCAAGGAAAAAGUGGUUAUCUUAUCAGAAGAAUUAGAGAUUAUUAGUUCUUCGGACAAUACUUUCAGCGCUAAAUUCGAUGAAGGAUUGAGCACUUUGAUUGCCGAAGCUCAUCAAAAGGAUUAUCUAAAAGCAGUUAUUAAUGGAGAUCAUAAUAUUUUGUCUCUUCAUCACACCUUUGGAUAUUUUCUUGCAUGGAAAUUAAUAUUAGAUCACUUUGAUUUUACUACUCAAAAACUCAAAUCUCACUACCUCGACCAUCUCAGAAACAAAAUGUUGGAUGAUUUUCUCCCAUAUGCGUUUCAAACAAUGGGUCUUAUAUCAACUGUUACUAAACCAUUUGAUUUAAAUAAAUGGGACUUUACAGAAUUUUUCGUGGAAGCCUUUGAGAUUGAACUUGGCCCCGAAAUCGGAUUUCCGGUGCUUAGCGCACAUUUAUAUUAUCGAGCUUUGAGGCAUUUUCCUUCGGCUAUAAGAGGAUGGUGGGCUGAAUGCAAAAAACGUCAUUUAUAUGUUGCUGUGGAUAACUACACCGAGAAAUACUUCUCUCCGGUUAUUAUACAACAACAAAUUGACCAAAUCCAACGAGAGGAUGUUAAAGCACAAUUACAGGAAGAUGAUAAGAUGCUUAUUCGGAUCGCGCGUGCAACUAAUGAAGUGAUUGCCGAAUUCCGGAUAGAUGAAUAUGCGAUGGAGUUGAGCUUACGAAUGCCAAAUAGCUUUCCAUUACGACAGAUUGAAGCCCAUACUGUAGAACAUUUGGGUAAGACAGAGGUCAAAGAUUUAAAAAAGGCUCAGUUGCCCAUACAAGCGGUUAUCAAUACUCAGGAUGGAAGCUUGGAAGUGGCACUGAAUUUAUAUAAGAAAAAUAUGUCGCUUCAUUUUGAAGGAUACGAAGAUUGCCCGAUUUGCUAUUCGGUAAUUAGUCUCGAUGAUCGUUCAUUACCGACUAAACCGUGUCCUACAUGCAAAUAUCGGUUCCACAAACUUUGUUUGUACAAGUGGUUCCGUAGUUCGAAUGACGUAACAUGCCCUCUAUGUCGACAAUUUUUUAAUAUGUAG